AUGUCCUCACGUCAACAGCCGCCCUGGCGGCAACCUCCUUCCCCAACUGGCGUAGAGCUUCCGCCGUUGCAAGUAUGGAACUCGCUCACGAAGACCAAGACGCCCUUUGUUCCUUUGGAUCCAUCGGGAAAGAAGGUAUCGUGGUAUGCCUGUGGGCCGACAGUCUAUGAUGACGCCCACCUGGGACAUGCUCGAAACUAUGUCAGCACCGACAUUAUUCGGCGCAUUAUGCGCGACUACUUCAAAUUCGAUGUCAACUUUGUUAUGAACAUUACCGACGUUGAUGACAAGAUUAUCCUGCGCGCGCGCCAACAAUAUCUUUUCAACGAAUACGUCGCCGCCAACCCCGCAAUUACACAAGAAGUCCUCGACACGACGAAGAAAGCCUACAGCGCUUAUAUCAAGAAGAAUCUCUCUUUGUUGGAUACAGAGCUGUCUCCAGCGCAGUACCAGAAGGAGGUUGAAAAGGCAUAUGGGACAGUGCUGUCUGGUGGUGCUUUACCUGGCAAUGAGAAGGCUGGCGACGAUGAAGCGAAAGUCAAGAUGCACAUCAAAACGGUCGCAUCGGCCGCUAGCGUGCUUGAGAAGGCAGAGAAGAUUGGCGAGAGCGAUGCAGCGUCGUUCUCAAAGUCUUUCUAUACCCAGGCGCAGGAUGUUCUUUUACCCUACUUGGACACUCUCAAGGGCUCUUCGAUUGAUGCUGAUGAUCACAGUAUCUUUACGAAAUUGACGAAGAAGUACGAAGAGCGGUUCCUGAACGACAUGCGAGAUCUCAAUGUACUCGAUCCGGAUGAGUUGACCCGAGUCACAGAGUAUGGGGCGGAGAUCGCAGACUUUGUUGAGCGCAUUGUCAAGAACAACUUCGGAUACGUGACCGAAGACGGGUCUGUUUAUUUCGACAUCAGUGCCUUUGAGGCGGCUGGACACCCCUAUGCCCGGCUCGAGCCCUGGAGUCGGUCCGAUAACAAAUUGGCUGCGGAAGGCGAGGGCUCCCUGAUUGCCAAGACCACGGAGAAGCGCAGCGCAUCGGACUUUGCUCUUUGGAAGUCCUCCAAGCCCGGUGAGCCAAGUUGGGCAAGUGCAUGGGGCAAAGGCCGUCCAGGAUGGCAUAUUGAAUGCUCAGCUAUGGCCUCCGCUCGAUUGGGCAAACAGAUGGAUAUUCACUCCGGCGGUAUCGAUCUUGCCUUCCCGCACCACGACAACGAGCUUGCUCAAAGUGAGGCGUAUUGGGAUGACGGCCAUAAGUGCGAGCAGUGGGUCAACUACUUCUUGCACAUGGGUCAUUUGUCCAUUCAGGGCUCGAAGAUGUCGAAGUCUCUGAAGAAUUUCACAACCAUCCGUGAAGCUUUGGACCGUAAAGACUGGACACCUCGCAGCCUGCGUAUUGUGUUCUUGCUGGGUGGCUGGAAGGAAGGCUGUGAGAUCACUGAUGAAUUGGUUAGCUCCGGUAACGCCUGGGAAGACAAAGUCAACAACUUCUUUUUGAAGGUGAAAGAUGCCUCUGCCCUCCAGGGCUCGGGUAGCGAUACCAACCUCGCUGGCGAUUUGGAAGCCGCCAAGUCCGCUGUCCACAAGCACCUCUGCGAUUCAUUCAACACUCCCGGUGCAAUGCAAACUGUUUCGGAGCUUAUCACCAAGUACAAUUCCGCCGACAAGUCGACACUCAACCCUAAGGAUGUUGAAGCUGCAGCUCAUUGGGUGACGUCGUUUGUAAACAUGCUGGGCUUGAAUGGUACUGCAUCGGUCGACAGCAGCACAAUUGGCUGGUCUGGCAUUGAUGUCCCCGACGAGGCCAAGCCUUUCGUGUAUCCGAUUGCUUCCAUGCGUGAUACGCUUCGCCAGGCGGCUCGCUCCAAGGAGGGUAUUUCACCCCAGCAUAUUGAGACUGUACUCAAGCAAUCUCUGCCGUCUGAUGUCUCAGAGUCCACGAAACCUUACGCCGAUGCAGCCACCAAUUUCCGAGAGAAGGUUGCGUCUCUCAAGUCGUCUAACUCGCUUGACAAGGAGAUCCUCGCGCUCUGUGACCGCGUCCGAGACGUCGAUCUUUUCGACUUGGGUAUCUACCUUGAGGAUCGUGACAAUCUUCCUGCCCUUAUUCGUCCAGUCACCCGCGAGAUGAUCCAGGCUCGAGAGGAGAAGGAAGCACGUGUCAAGCAAAAGCAGUUGGAGAAGCAGAAGCGCGAGCAGGAAGCAUUGAAGCAGUUGGAAAGGGGUAAGCUCAGUCAUUCGGAGAUGUUCAGGACACAAGAGUUUAGUGCGUGGGAUGAGGACGGUAUGCCCACCCGGGACGCUUCUGGCGAAGAGCUCACCAAGAGCAGAACCAAGAAGCUUCGAAAAGAUUGGGAGCGUCAAAAGAAGGCCCACGAGGCCUGGCUGGCAAGCCAAGCUAAAUAG